CGGAACUCUCCUCAACUGAAAGGUCUUCAGCCCCACGCAGUCUGGACCAUGGAAAGAAAGAUGAAAGGCAUUUCUGAAUUCUUCUCAGAGAGGGAAUUAUUCUGGAAUAUGUAGAAGAUGGUGAGCUGAAGACCAGAUCUAUAGAUCUACUUGAUCUUAGUCCUCAAAUGGCAGUUACCAAGAUGCCUAUACAAAGCCAUCAGAGAUGCACAGAUGUCAUAGCUUUAGUAGAAGAAAUUCAGAAAGAAGAACCUCUCAUCACAGAUUCUUGCAAAGAACACGUCGUAUGUUUAGUACAAAGAUUGCAAGAGAAACUAGGGGAACAAGAGGACCACAAAUUCUAUCUUUUUAAGGUUCUUAGGGCACACAUACUGCCACUGACGAAUGUAGCAUUCAACAAAUCUGGUUCCCGCUUUAUCACAGGAAGCUAUGACAGAACCUGCAAAGUAUGGGAUACUGCAUCAGGAGAAGAGCUGCAUGUGCUAGAGGGACACAAAAAUGUUGUUUAUGCAAUAGCUUUUAAUAACCCCUAUGGUGACAAGAUUGCCACUGGAUCUUUCGAUAAAACCUGCAAACUGUGGAGUACAGAAACAGGAAAAUGUUAUCAUACUUUCAGAGGACAUACUGCAGAAAUAGUAUGUUUAUCGUUUAAUCUUCAAAGCACAUUGGUGGCCACUGGAAGCAUGGAUACCACUGCCAAAUUAUGGGAUAUAGAGAAAGGAGAAGAAGUAUUUACUUUAAGAGGGCACUCAGCAGAAAUUGUUGCAUUGUCUUUUAACACCACUGGAGACAGGAUUAUCACCGGCUCCUUUGACUGCACAGUAGGAGUGUGGGAUGUUGUCACUGGCAGGAUGUUGCAUAUUUUAAUAGGUCAUCGAGGAGAAAUUAGCAGUGCACAGUUCAACUGGGACUGUUCUCUCAUUGCCACUGGAUCAAUGGACAAAACAUGCAUGCUGUGGAACGCUAUGACUGGUGCACAUGUAGCAACUUUAACAGGUCAUAGUGAUGAAAUAAUGGAUGUCUGCUUUGAUUAUGCUGGCCAGCGUAUUGCAACCGCGUCUGCUGAUGGAUCAGGAAGAGUCUACAAUGCGGAAACAAAAAAGUGCAUUGCAAAACUAGAAGGGCACGGAGGUGAGAUUUCAAAGAUAUGUUUCAACCCUAAAGGCAAUCGUAUACUAACAGCCAGCUCUGAUAAGACAGCUCGACUCUGGGAUCCUGCUACUGGACACUGCCUUCAGAUAUUAGAGGGCCACACUGAUGAGAUAUUCUCCUGUGCUUUCAAUUACAAAGGCAAUAUAAUCAUUACAGGGAGCAAGGAUAACACCUGUAGAGUAUGGCACUGACUGAAGACAAGGAAAGAUCCAGCAUGGUGUGUGCCUACAUCCUGAGUUCCAUGGUCAAUAAACUCAGUCUUUUCCAUUUCUUGUGUUUCUGCUCUGGUAAAGUAGCCAAGUUACCUGAAUUUUGGUAGGUUUGAUUUGCUGAAGCCUGGUAGCUAAAAUUUCACACAAUAGUAGAAUUUGGAAAAGCCCUCUGGAGAUUGUCUGGUCCAAUGCUCCUGCUGAAAGCAGUGAGAGCUCAGCAUGCUGCCCAGGACCACAACAGUGAGUUUUGGAUACCUCCAAGGAUGGAGACUCCACAAUUUCUCUGGGCAACCUGCUCCAGUGUUUGUCAACCUUGAAGUAAAAAAAAGUCUUUUUUUAA